AUGACUUCCGCCGCUGAAAAAGAGUAUGUCCUUGAGAGAAGUCCGCUGGGUUCUUCCCGUCUCUACGUCCAACAUUGGCUCUGGCAAAGACUAGUCGGACAUCUUCUACAUCCCAGCAUUCCAAUCAAGCAAGACAUCAAGAUUGCUGAUAUAGCAUGUGGAACAGGAAUCUGGCUCAUAGAUUUAGCAAAAGAGCUUGCAAAAUCCGAGACGAACGCACAAUUAGUCGGUUUCGAUAUCUCAACUAAUCAAUACCCUCAUUCGGCACUACUCCCCCCAAAUGUCAAACUAGAUAUUAUGGAUAUUUUUAAACCUGUUCCAGAGAGAUUGAGGGGUCAAUACGAUGUGGUUCACAUAAGUCUUCUAUGUGUCGUGAUCCCUGGAGGAGAUCCAAGAUAUGUUUUAGACAAUGUGUUGACAUUGCUAAAACCAGGUGGAUACAUCCAGUGGAAAGAAGUGGAUUUCAGCAUGAUGGCAUGCAAAGCUGCUACUCCAGAUUUAUCAACCAGCCACCUUGAAGAGUUGAUGAGAUGGAUGUACGAAGUUCCUUUGAAGAAAUUCACCAGUUUUGAGUGGAUACGCCAACUCAGCUCCAUCUUCCAAGAACGAGGAAUAACAGUUCUGGAUGGCCAACUUCUCGAACCCGAGGCCUAUAUUGCCUGUGUAUGGACUUCAAUGCAUAUGAAUGGCAUAAAAGAAUUGGUCAAUGUUGCAGGAGAGGGGUCGAGAGAUGUAUUGGAAUUGUAUGGACAGGCGGCUCAGGAGGUACAGGAGGGUGCUUAUAUAAGUAUGAUGUUGGUCAAUGUUGUUGGUAGAAAGGCUGGGGACGAUUGA